CCUCCUCCGUCGACUGGACCACACGUCCCGUCCCAACUUCCGCUCAACUUUCAUUCCAGCCCAUCAUCAACCUCACUUUUCACCCGUAACCCACGCCCCCGACGCGGACUCGAGCCUUUCAUUGAGCUUGCCGUCGACUAGGCAAAGUUUUGUGACGCGUGUCCGGCUCUCAUUUCUCUUUUGCCAGUCGAACCAACCAAAAGAAGUCGCGUCGACUUCUGGCGUCUUGUGCUGCCCGCCCGCCCCAGAAAAAAAAAGAGCUUGGAGCUCAAACUCGCAGCUUGAGCCAAGCUACCUACGCAGCCAGCUAGCAAACUAGCUAGCCAGCCCGUAAGCUCAUACGAAACGCAUUGGAGGAGCCUGGAGAAGCAUUCAACUCGAGCCACGCUAUACCUGUCGGCAGUUCCUCGCUCUGCCGGGAUUCACGCCUGGCGCUUCAUUCCAAUUUUCUCGUCGCCAUGCCGUACCGCAUUGAAAUAUCGCCCAACAACCGGGCCGGCUGCAAGGACACGGUAUGCAAGGCCACAAAGGAGAAGAUCCUCAAGGGCGAGAUCCGCUGCGGCAGCUGGGUCGAGAUCGACGAGCACGGAAGCUGGGCGUGGAAGCACUGGGGCUGCGUCUCAGGUUUUCAGCUGGUUAGCAUUCAAGACGCCUGCAGACAGGAUAGUGACGAGUACGACUUUGACGCCAUCGACGGCUACGAUGAGUUGAACGACCAUCCCGAGAUUCAAGAAAAGAUUCGCCGGUGCGUCAAGCAGGGCCACAUUGACCCCGAGGACUUCAAGGGUGACCCUGAGAAGAACAAGCCAGGCGAAAAGGGCAUCCGACUGACCGCCAAACAGCGGGAGAAGCUGGACAAGGAAGCCGCUGCCGCCGCCGGGGGCGAUUCGGAGGAUGAGGCGCCUCGCAAGAAGAAGGCGGGUAAGCGCGGCCGCAAGAAGGCCGAUGAUGAUGAUGAUGAGGAUGAGGAUGAGCCCGCUGCCAAAAAGUCCAAGACGGCCAAGGGAGGCAAAACGGCCAAGCCGGGCAAGUCUACUGCUGCCCCGGCCAAGCCGGCCCGUGGCAAGGCCGCCGCCAAGAAGGCCGCCGUCGAGAGCGACGAGGACGAGGGCUCCGAGGACGAAAAGGCCGCCAAGAAACCAAAGCCCAAGCCCAAGACAUCCAAGGCCGACACCAAGCCCGCCGUCAAGAAGGCUGGCAAGCCGUCCAAGGCUGCGGUCAAGGAUGAGACCGAAGACGAGAACGCUCCGUCGGCGUCCGAGGCCGAUGCUCCGCCCAAGAGGACUGCGGGAAGACGCAAGUCCAAGGCGGCGGCCGCCAAGGUCGAGGAGCCGGAGCCGGCGAAGCCACGCCGCGGUCGUCCCCGCAAGGCUUGAGCCGGCGGGAUGGCGGAGGAUGCUAGGAUGUCUUGCAGCCCGUUGGUCGACUAGGGCUUGCGAGACUACCAAUACCGGAUACUACAGUGCACAGACAGUUGGGCUUGACUUGAAAGGAGCGAAAGAUGUGGGGUGACGGCCCGGUCGACAUCGGGCUGGCCAGGCAGGCCAUGGAAAAGCAUUGUACGAUGGGAUUCACACGGACGCGAGGGAUGGGCUGAGUCUGAUGGAGUGAGCCCGGGCAUCAGAAGAAAGAAGUUGUCAUCUUUGUAACUAAUCCGCUCCGACGCGCAAGCUGUUUUUCUUUGUUUCUGCCACUUCGAUAUGGGCUGCUCGUCGCUGCCAUGCAACGGACAUUUCCUUGACCUGUAAGAGUAUAAUACUACAAUACACACGCAACCCGCAU